AGAGGCUGCUGUCAUGGCAGGGAAACCUGUCCUUUACUACUAUAAUGCCCGGGGCAGAAUGGAGUCCAUCCGGUGGCUCCUGGCUGCAGCUGGAGUAGAGUUUGAAGAGAAAUUCAUGAAAACUCGAGAAGAUCUGGAAAAGUUAAGAAAGGAUGGAGUAUUGAUGUUCCAGCAAGCACCCAUGGUUGAGAUUGACGGGAUGAAGCUGGUGCAGACCCGAGCUAUACUCAACUACAUUGCCAACAAACACAACCUCUACGGGAAAGACAUGAAGGAGAGAGCCCUGUAUGAAAUGUAUACAGGAGGCAUGGCUGAUUUGAAUGAAAUGAUUAUUCUUUACCCAUUUGGUUCACCUGGGGAAAAAGAUGCAAACCUUGCACAGAUCAAGGAAAAGGCCAAAACUCGCUACUUUCCUGCCUUUGAAAAGGUGUUGAAGAGCCACGGACAAGACUACCUGGUUGGCAACAGGCUGAGCAAGGCUGACAUUCUCCUGGUGGAGCUGCUCUAUAACGUGGAAGAAAUUGACCCCACCAUCAUCACCAGCUUCCCUCUGUUACAGAACCUCAAGACCAGAGUCAGCAGCCUCCCCACCGUGAAGAAGUUCCUGCAGCCUGGCAGCCAGAGGAAGCCUCCGGUGAGUGAGAAAAGUGUUGAAGAAGGAAAGAGGAUUUUCUUCUAAACAAAGCAGACCUGAACAUCAAGUAACUGGACACCAAUGUUCUGAAGUCUCUCAGAACUCAAUUCUGAUCCUGACCAACUUACAGCCAACACUCUUUUCUAAUUCAUAUAUAUUAUAGUGAGGCAAUACAACUUUUUUGAGCACACUUAUGAAAGAUGUAUUCAAUGUCAUUAUUCCUGGCAUGAAAUCAGAUUGGCAAUAUCUUUCUAAUCUAUUUUCUUGAAAUUAAGAAAGUAAAAAUAAAAGAAAGUCUUAGGUG